AUGGAAGCAACAGGGGAUAGCAACUUGGACCUUGAUGAACCAUCAAAAUGGGGACUAAAAUUGCUUCUCAAUCAUGAAUAUCCUCUGCAGACAAAACAGCUACUUAUACCAAAACCAAAUCAGAUCCUUGAUUUGGUGCCGCUUUCAGCAAGAUAUGUGAAGUAUUACUGUGCGAAAAGAAUGCAAAAGAAGCGGCCCAUAAUGGAUUAUUUUAAUACAAUUAAUGCACAAAGGAUACAUGGUUGCCCCAUUGGUGGUAUUGGUGGUGGAACUAUAGGUAGAGGAUUCAAAGGAGAAUUCUGUAGAUUUCAGUUGUAUCCUGGUAUAUAUGAAUACAUAACUGUACCAGAAUGCCAGUUUAUAGUCAAUAUUAGAAAUGAACAGAAUGUAACUAUAUUUCAGUCAGUUUUGUCUACAUAUAACAAACCAAAGAAAGCACCGACAUCUUGGGAAUGGAAUCUAGACAGUUCUCAAUGUGAAUAUACUGCAUUGUAUCCAAGAGCGUGGACCACUUAUGACCUUUCCAAAUAUGGAAUAAAAUUAGUCUGUCGCCAAAUAUCACCGAUUAUACCGCAUAACUAUAAGGACUCGAGUCUACCCUGUGCGGUUUUUGUUUUUACCGCCAAAAACGUGUGUAACGAACGUCGCACCGUAAACAUAACGUUUACAUGGACCGAGAUACCAGUUGGAGUGAAUAAACGUAAAAAUAGUGGGAAGCUAGACUUGGAGAGGUAUUCAGAAGAGAAUACGUGCGGAGUGACAUUAGAACAAAGAGUUUCUGACACUCAACUCACGUUUACGAUAGCCAAGAAUAAAUCCGAGAACGAGACAAUACACGAGGGUUACUGCUUGUGGAAUUCGUUGAAGACGUCCAGUUAUGUAUGGGAGUGUAUUAAGAAGAAUGGCAAACUAGAACCAGAUCCUAGUCAAAGUGCAACUCCUCCCAAAGGCGAAAAGGAUAAAAUUGAUGAUAGCGAUAAACCAAAGAAAAUUUAUAAAAAUGAUUCCAUUGGUCUGUCGAACUCCAUAUCAUUGGAUCCUGGUGGAUGUGAUGUUGCAGAGUUCUGCCUUGUUUGGGAUAUGCCUAUGAUAAAAUACAAGAAAGAGAGAAAGGUGCAUAAACGAUAUUACACAAAAUAUUUCGGUAGUGACGGUAUAGCGGGUGCGAGCAUAGCUGCGUACGCGCUUCGGAACUAUAAGAGUUGGGAGAAGCAACUCGCAGAGUGGCAGGACCCAAUUCUUAAUAACAGCAAUAUACCAGAUUGGUUAAAAAGUGCCUUAAUGAAUGAGCUUUACUACGUGGCGGACGGUGGGACUAUUUGGUUUGAUGUCAGCGAAGACUUUCCUGAGACUGAUCCUAGACAUGAUUUCGGUGUAUUCGGUUAUUUGGAGGGUCAUGAAUAUAGAAUGUAUAAUACAUACGAUGUACAUUUCUAUGCAUCGUUUGCCUUAGCACAAUUGUGGCCUAAUUUACAAAGGUAUAAUUGCGUUGUAUUACAAUAUAUGUACCGAGACGCGAUAGCUCUGGAGACUACUCAAUGCCGACAAUCUCUAUAUGAUGGGAAAUAUGUAAAAUUCAAAAUAAAAGAAUCCAUUCCACACGAUUUGGGCGAUCCAGAGGACAUCCCAUUCACAAACAUAAACGCGUACAACAUACAUGACGUGUCCGAAUGGCGCGAUCUAAACCUCAAAUACAUCCUCCAAGUCAUGCGUGAUUAUCGUCUAUUAAGGGCCUACAGUGCCCCAUUCCCAAACGAACGUUACUAUUCCAUGGCCUAUAUAGAUGACGUAAGAGAGGGAACAGAAAACGAUCUCUACACACGAUCAACGGAACAACCGGAUGAGAAAUCGCCGGAUUUAUCCGUCGACUUAUCUCUCGACCCUUCACCCGUACCCAACAAAGAGGUCCCUGAUAUUCUGGAUCUCCUCUAUCGCAGCUCAGAAGUAGUGCAAGAGUGUCAGGAGAUAGAAGAUCCCAAAGAAACGGUUACGACUUGGAAUGCAAAGCAGUAUUUGAUGGAUAUGUAUCCGUCGUGUGCGGCGUUGCUUAGGAAGGGAUUGUUGUGGGACAAGGAUGGAGAUGGGUUGAUUGAAAAUGGUGGUUUCCCCGAUCAGACUUAUGAUGCGUGGGUUAUGUCUGGACCUAGUGCUUAUUGUGGUAGUCUCUGGGUGGCUUCAAUAAGUGUAGUCCGAGCGAUGGCACACAUACUCGGACAAGAAGAAGAUGAAAGAGAGUUCUCGAAAAUUCUAGAACGAGCCAAAACGUCGUUUGGUGAUAAAUUGUGGAAUGGAAGCUUCUAUAAGUUCGAUACUAAGCCCUCGAAUAAGAAUGUCGUGAUGGCGGACCAGUUGGCUGGACAGUGGUUCCUCCGCGCAUCUGACUGGAACGAGGAAGUGUUCCCCGAAGCAAACAGUAUGGAAGUAUGGCCUGGUGUCACCUUUGGGCUUGCCUCGCUCAUGAUAUAUGAAGGUAUGCAUGAGCAAGCAUUUGCAAUGGCUGGUGGUCUCUACAAUACAUUAACUAAAAUGGGCUUGGCAUUCGAGACACCCGAAGCCUUAUACGAAAAUGGUAACCACAGAUCCAUAGCGUAUAUGCGGCCUCUUUCGAUAUGGUCAAUGUAUCAGGCGAUUAUUGCUAGGCCGCCGCGAAUUAACCACGUAAAUGGACAAAUACAUGGAAAACAUUUAUAG